AUGAGCGCUCCUUCUGGGGACCCAGGCGGAAGUGCCAGUCAUGGUGAUACAUCGGAGGAACAAGGGCCUGCUAACCCCACGGGCUCUCUUUGGUACAAUGAGCUCGACCCCUUCGAGCAACAAGACGAUGACGAUGGCUCUGAUGACCAGUAUGAGCCCUCGGAGAGUAAUGAGGAUGAACAUUUUCUUGAUGCCCACGAGGAGCUUGAUGAGGCUCGGGGAGUACCCUACACUCGAGAGCAGAUUCUCGAGUUUCUUCGCCGGUCAAACUUGAGGGCUGUCACCACAACCGUUAAUGUCGCCCGUGGCACACCUUGGCAUAGGUUUCCCAGGUUCCGCAGCCGGCCUCCCAAGGAUCCCAACAGGUUCCCCAAGGUUCCGAGCGACGCGGGCACUAGGUUGAUGUCCUCUGGCCAGUUCGGCACCAAUAAUAUUGAGAUGAACUACAACCGGCGGAUGAAUAAGUCCAUUCAGAGGCGGCUGCUGGAGCGCGAGCUUGGCCUCGGAAGCUACGAUGACCGCAGGCGGAAUAAUGAUCUCAUCACCCAGUCUCUUGUUCCGUCUGGUAAUAAGGCUGAUAUGAUAAUUCACUAUGAAGAGCCCGUCUACUCCGGACAAUACUCCGCCGACGGCAACUUCUUCUUCGCAUGCGGCAAGGACUACAAGGUCCGCAUGUAUGACACCUCGCGCCCAUACAACUGGAGGCACUACAAGACGGUCACCCAUCCCUGGGGACGGUGGACUCUUACAGAUGCCUCGUUGAGCAAGGACAACAAAUGGCUGGCGUAUACGUCCAUCACAAGCCUGGUGGCUAUUGCACCCACGGACAUCAACGACACCGGAGACCCGUAUGCCCUCGAUCUCAGCGGCGGGACCAGCGACAACCAGGACUACUGGGGCGGCGGGUUCGGCGGCAUCUGGUCGGUCAGGUUCUCGGGGGACGGCCGGGAGCUGGUCGCAGGCACGAACCGCAACGCAAUCGUCGUCUACGACAUCGAGUCCCGGCGCGUGCUCCACCAGGUGCGCGGCCACGAGGACGAUGUCAACGCCGUCUGCUUCGCCGACGAGUCCUCCCCGCACAUCAUCUACUCGGGGUCCGACGACUCGACCCUCAAGGUCUGGGACCGCCGUAGCAUGGGCGACGGCCGCGAGGCGGGAGUCUUCCUGGGGCACACCGAGGGCCUGACAUACAUCGACAGCAAAGGAGAUGGACGAUACAUUCUGAGUAACGGUAAGGACCAAAGCAUGAAAUUAUGGGAUCUCCGCAUGAUGAUGUCGACCGACCGGUUCCGCGGCCUGGAUCCGAGCGCUGUCUCCCGAUUCAGCGGGUUUGACUAUCGUUCUGGUCACUACUCCGAUGACGACUGGGACGUUCACCCGCACGACAACUCCGUCGUCACCUUCCGUGGGCAUAGGGUGCUCAAUACGCUCAUUCGAUGCCACUUCUCCCCGCCAAACUCGACAAACUCGCGUUACGUGUAUACUGGCAGCAGCGACGGGAAGGUUUACAUCUACAACAUCGACGCCACUAUAGCUAGCGUCAUCAACGUUAGCGAAGCAACCAAGUGCUUGAAGCCAACGGAAGGUUACUACCGCGGCCGGUUCUGGAAUAGCUGCGUACGUGACGCCAGCUGGCACCCGCACGCCCCUAUGAUAGUUGCAUCCGCCUGGAACGGGCACGACCUAGCCAACGGGACCUGCACACUGCACUCGUUCGACGACGGAGUAGACGGCGACGAGGGAGAGCCUGAGCUGCCAAUGCACAUGGAUUCGAAAAUGCAGCCAAUCACUCUCGCCGAGCGCAGCGAGCGUUUUAACCGGUACAUGGACAUUUGA